CUUUGUUUGAUGCCAAAAUUUGGACAUGAAUAGACUGAAAAAAAAAAAAAACAAUCAUUCACAUAGACUGCAGAUAAAAGAAGUGAAAGAAGCACAUAGUUUAAAAUUACUUAAACCUGCGUUUUUUCUAAGCGUCGUGCCAGCUAGAGACAGUUGUAUAGAAAUCUGUGGGAAAACGGCUCGAUUGUGGUGGAUUUAUAGGCUCAGUUCUUGCUUUUAAGCCUUAUAGAUUACAUGUUUUGUAAACUAUGCUUCACAUGAUUGUUCAGAUGGAUGAAACAAAAAAAUGGUGACAGGCAUAAGACAUUAGAAAUAGAACCCUACAAAGUAGUGGGUAACUUCACAGUGCCCGUGUCCCACUUGUAUAUUCAAGCUUUGUAAAACUCACAAUUAAAACUUAAUAGGCUAAACCAAAUAACACUGGUGCGAUUGUCAUUGUCAGCUUCACAAAAUCUAGAGGCAACAGACUAUAGAGAUUAAUUCAUAAUGUUGUCUUAAAUUGAGAUAUUCGUCCAUUUGGUCGCAGGGUGUGUGGCAUCAGUUUAACCUCCUAGGACAUGGCAUCCACAUCAGUGGACAUCACAUUUUGGUUUGUCUAGACCAACAUACUAAAUUUUGCUCUACAAGGGCCUGAUAUCCACUUACGAGGACAUUAUACUGCCACUGUUCUAUCGAAAUUUAGAUAGAAUGUCAUCUUAUGUGGAUCUCAUUUUUCUCAGAAACAAAAAUCAGGAAAAAAAAAAUCAGGUAAUUUUUUUACAUUCAUCAGGUCCCAAAAGCCCAAAUAACAAAGAGAAAUGAAAAAUGCAUGCCAUGAAAGAGUUUAGGUCUUAGGAGGUUAAAAUUCUUUAAAAAAAUGAAAUACCAAAUAUUUUUUGCUUCUUAACUUUAGUUUUUUUUUUCUUUUGGAUCAGAGGUUCUUAUGUCUGACAUAUAAAUAGCUGUUCAUGCAUAGCAUUUUUACCCUUUGUACAUGAGGUGCUUUGUCACUGUUAUUUUAUGUACAUAUAUCAAAUGAAAAUUUUGCAUUUGUGCAAAACAUAUUCCCUGUGUGUAUAAUAGUAAUGGAUACAUCUUCAAAGUUGCUCAUUUUUAUAAUAAAUGGUUGAAUGGUCAGUACUUUAAAUUUCACCUUAAAAUGUUAUAGAUGCAUUGAAAAUCUGGUUUCUAUUAUUUUUUUAUAAAACCAAAAUGAUUAAAAAAUGAAUAUACAGUUGAAAAUAAUGUAAACAAAAGGAAAAAAUAAAUUCUGGUCGCAGUCGAUGUUUGACAGCCAGGCAGUAAUGGCUUUUUUGUGGAUGUACCAAUGUGCCCUUCUGCUGUUGGUCUCUCCCUCCAACCUGAGGUCACUGUUAUUGAUGUGUGCCCCGUAAUGUAGUCUGUGCAGCCUGUCUAUGUUGUUUCUCAUAGAUCAGUUUGAAAUUUUUUGUGGGGGACAUUGUAGCAGUUGGAACAAGAUAAUCCGAUCAAACGUUGACUCAUACAUUCAGCAGAGACGUUUGCUGAGCGAAAGUUUGACGCACUUUCCAGUGAACACCUACAGCACGCAAUCAAUUCUCACAGCAACACAGAUAAAAUGUUAUUUUACUCGUAAUACAGGAAAAUAAAUCAAUCCUGAAGGGAAAAGGUCAGAUGAUAAGAUCCUGGUGUUUUUUAGGGUGGGCUGCUUUGCCCUGUCACAUGGUAUUUGGACCUCGGGGGGUGUGACAGUCACACUGUGCCCUGACCUUAUAGGAGCCACCUGCUGCAAAUGUCACAUUACCAUGUCUGGCAGCAGGAACAAAAGGUUGCCAGGAGACGAUCAUGGGUAGGGCCUCAUGCGAUGACCACCCUGCUUUUCCCUGGCAAACAGUGGCAGUUCAGGCAUUUCACUGACAGCUCACAGCAGCGCAGAUGAUCUGCUGGCUGGGAAACAAGCACGACAUUCCAAUAACCAAUCCCAAACAGCACGGGCUGAGCUGAUUUCUUUGAUUGCCCUAUUUGCAGACUAAUCUGCAUAAAUAAAUAAAUCUUCCUUUUGGGGGUCAGGUGCAGGCUCUUCUGGGGACCCAGAUGUUCCAGCUGUUCGGUGUGUACUUUGACUGUUAAAAUAAAACCCGACAUCUGCUCUUAGUUUGAAUUGGUUCAUUUAUUGGCAGUCAGUGUUGGGCAUGAGACAGAUACACAAAGGCUACAACAAGGAAGAGUUUGACAUUGACACAUGAAAACAAACUACAAACCAGGUGGACAGCCUUCUCCAUCACUCCCAGUAAACAUUCGACAUGGAAAGAGGUGUCCGCUCUGACUGUGAACUACAUUCACUGAUCUAUUUUCUGUUUUAUUGCGUCGUCCCAUCGGCCGCUUCCCUUUUUGCUCUAUUGUUCAAGCUAACAGCGGGUCGCAGGGCUCAGUUUCAUAGUCGUUAUUGUAACUACUGAGUUGGACAAGUAACAAAACACCGAAACAAUAACACAAAUCAUUACAGCAACAAUCGGACAAAUUACGGAUACACACAUAUAACACACAGCAAACAUUUAUUAUAUAUCUAGUGAUGAUUUUUUAAUGAUUGCUUCAACAAUCAGGAGCCGUCAUUUCCCCGUCUGCAGGUAUACUUUCAGCUCUCUGCUUCACUGCUUAUAAUCGAUGUACACAGAGGCUAUGCUAUGGUGAAACUGAAAUAUAUAAAAAAAAAAUCAAACUGCCUUAAAGUGCAUCGCAGUGUUUCGGUCAGUCUAACUUAAACAUCAUGUGCUACUACAAGCAGACUAGAACCAAUAGAUAACAGUCAUGGCUGCGUCUGAUUAGAAAACACAGGACCACUAAAGUACAGCAUCAAUAAAUGGGAACGACAACAUAUCUGUAGAGACACACAGCAGUAGGAAAGGGCAGCUUGGACACUGCUCUGACUUAGUGGCCCGCAUGAACAGCUGGCUGUGGUGUCACAAAUGCACUGAAACACACAGUGGGGAUGAGCACAACAUCUCAAUAAUCACACAGAGAAGGGAAUAAGAGCAUUCGGGCGAGUACAAAAGCAAUCAGUGACCGCUAUCCAUUGUUUGGUCCUACCUGUUGUCUUCUAAGAUUGCUUUGUUCACCGAACAGUGCACAAAAAUAGCCUGUGGAAACACAACAGAGCCAUGUUUUGUGUCCUCAUUUACAACUACACAAGGGUGUGCGUGGGUAUUCACAAGUGGACAUUUGGAAAGGGGGGGAAAACGCAAAAAGUCGACCUAGCAGUUUUGCCGGGCGUCACGUGAUGGGUCGUCGGCUGUAUAGUCUGUUGAACUUGUGUCAUAGCUUUUGUUGAGAGAUUAACAGAGAACACACAAUGUGGAGCUAGGCCCUGCCUGCCAGAGAUAGACUCAGUCCUGGUAGAGAAACCCGGAGGGACCCACUGUUUCCAAACUGGCUCGAGUUCCUCUUCAGCUACCGCCGGGAUGUUGCUCCUCCAUCUGAGCAACUGAUCUCAAACCUCCUCAAGAUUGGCUUCUCAGCUGCCACUGUCACAGAGAGAAAGAGAGAAAGAGAGACAGCAAGCGAGAAAGAGAGAGAGCACUGGUUUGUUAAUCCUUCCGGCCCCCCCUCCAAUGAAACCGCACCUCGUUCCCAAGAGCACCAUCCACCAACACGAGAAAUGGUUGGGAAGUCCCUGAUUGCUGGUCUGGUGGUCCUUCUGGUGGCUGCAGUGAGCCUGUUCCUGGGGGUGUUCAUGGGUUUGGGGAAGAAAAACACACCUCCCACUUCAGACCACUUCUACUCAAAGGCCGCCGUGGCUGCUGAUGCUGGAAAGUGCUCGGAAGUGGGGAGAGACAUUCUGAGGAAAAACGGCUCUGCUGUGGAUGCUUCCAUUGCUGCCUUGCUGUGUGUUGGCCUUUUGAACGCUCACAGCAUGGGCAUCGGAGGAGGGCUCUUCUUUGUCAUCUAUAACGCUUCCACAGGAAAGGUGGAAACCAUUGAUGCGAGGGAGACUGCACCCAUGAACGCCACUGAGGACAUGUUUGGCAACAACACUAAGCUUUCUCGCACAGGUGGACUGUCCAUAGCCAUUCCGGGAGAGAUCCGCGGUUAUGAGAUGGCACACAAAAGGCAUGGCCGGCUGCCAUGGAAGGAGCUGUUUGAGCCCAGCAUUGCCUUGGCUCGUGACGGAUUUCCGAUUGGAAAAGCCCUGGCUCAUGCAAUCUUAAAAAGCAAGGAUUCCAUUCAAGGAGACGCCAACAUGUGCGAGGUCUUUUGUGAUUCUCAGAGAAACAUCCUGAAGGAGAAUGAUAUUGUUAGAUUCCCAAAGUUGGCUGAAACAUACCAAAGAAUAGCAGAAGAGGGGCCUGAUGUGUUUUAUAACGGGGCGAUGGCACAGAACAUUGUUGAGGACAUCCAGGCGGCAGGUGGUAUCAUCACCCUGGAAGAUUUGUUGGAGUACCAGCCCGUGCUGAAUGAGAACCCUCUGAAGCUGAACGUCGGGGAAUACACCAUACAUGUCCCAGAUGCCCCCUCCAGUGGCCCUGUGCUGGCACUCAUACUCAACAUAGUGGAUGGGUACAACUUCUCAGACACGAGCGUCUCUACAGCAGAGAAGAAAACUCUGACGUACCAUCGCAUUGUAGAGGCUUUUCGUUUUGCUUACGCCAAGAGGAGCAGAUUGGGGGACCCUCGGUAUCUCAACAUUACUGAUCUAAUCCAAAACAUGACCUCAGACUACUUUGCUGAUGGCAUAAGGAGCAAAAUUACAGACGACACAACCCACCCAGACAGCUACUAUGAGCCCGAGUAUUUUGUUCCAGACAACCACGGGACAGCUCAUCUGUCAGUCAUUGCUGAGGAUGGCAGUGCUGUGGCAGCAACGAGCACCAUCAAUCUAUACUUUGGUUCAAAAGUCAUGUCUCGAUCUACUGGGAUCAUUUUUAAUGAUGAAAUGGAUGACUUCAGCUCUCCAUACAUGACCAAUGGGUUUGGAAUCCCCCCUUCACCCAACAACUUCAUUCAACCAGGCAAAAGGCCGCUGUCUUCCAUGUGUCCUACUAUCAUAUUUGACAAAGAAAACCAAGUGAAGAUGGUUGUAGGAGCAUCCGGGGGCACAAAAAUCACCACAGCCACAGCAUUAGUAAUCCUCAACUCCUUGUUUUUCAACUAUGACCUAAAGAAAGCCGUGACAGAGCCACGACUUCACAAUCAGCUUAAUCCAAAUAUGACAGUAGUGGAGCAGGGCUUUGAAAAGAGUGUCCUGGAGGGUCUGGUCCAGAAGAACCAUGUAACGCAGCUGCUAAGGACUCCAGACUCGGUGGUCCAGGCUGUGGUGCGGCAGGGAGAGCGUCUCUGUGCAGAGUCUGACCCCAGGAAAGGAGGCUAUCCUGCGGGAUACUGAGCAUUGCUGCAAUUUCUUCUCAGCUCCCCUCAGCGGGACAGUCUCCUCAAAGACACUCGGACAGAAUCACAAUGAGACGGUGUCUGCACUGAAGACUUAAGCAUUAUUUAAGCUACGGAGACACAGCCACUGCGCCUUCUCUGAGAUUAAUUUAAUCAAACAUGGAAAUUAACUCCACUUCAAUACCUCUUUUACUCAAUUAUUUAACAUCACUUGAUUUCUUUUUUUUGGCAUUAAUUUUGUGUUCUGAAGUAAAAUGAGAGGUUGUAUCUAGUUUGACUCUUGUAUCAUCACUACUGGAUACUGGUCAGGGUUGUAUUUGAGAACUGAAGCAGAAACCAUUUGAACAUUCAUUUCAGUUCAUGUAUGACACAUCAUUAUUAUAAACAUCCAAAUAUAAACCAACGCUGGGAAUGUCAUAUUAAAAAAUGUUCAUAGGUUUCAACAACAAGUUGGAGGUUGUCCGCGAGGUAAUAUCAUUUCUUUUGUAAGGAAAAACUCUUGUUAAUACCUGGACAGUUUGUUUGGAAAAGGAGGGUUUGUUUAUGUGAAACUGGUAAGGGAAAAUAAAGAAGCAUGAGUUAAAAAAAACAAAACAGCUGCAAGCAGGUAUACCAUGAAGACAUCUCAGGUUGUUUGCCUGUUUUACUCAAAUGUCUGCCCACAUUUUUCUCCUGACGUAAGCUGAUCCUGAAAUGGACACUAUUCAAAAGGAAACUGCCCGUGUUGUUUUCUACCGUGACACUAUCACUUCUGAAUUGUAAAUGUUUAAUAUCGAGUAGAGGUUAAGUCGAUGUAUAGUGUAUUCUGAAAAAUACAUUUGCAGAUAUAUUUUUCUAAACAUGCAUUGUUCAUAUGCCAUGUUUGUUGCCAUGCUUGUUAUUAAACAUUUUGAACAAAGAUGUUAUAUUUUACCACAGAAGCUGUGCUAUUUCUGAACCGGGAUAUUUCGCAAGAAAUCUGAGGUUAGUGAGAGUUUGUUUUCCAGAGCAUGGAUUCAAUGUCAGAAUGACCCAAAAUUCAAUGUUACUCAGAUUCUGUCUGUCUGUAUACCAGCGCUAUCAUCAAUUCUUUUUCAUUUUUAACCUCCUAAGACCUGAACUCAGUAUAAUGUCCUCGUAAGUGGAUAUCAGGCCCUUGCAGAGAAAAUUUAAGUAUUUUGUGGACAUCACCCAAAAUGUGAUGUCCACAUAUGUGGAUGCCAGGUCCUAGGAGGUUAAUAAAUCAAUUUAAAAAAAAACAAACAACAACCAUUAAUAUCCAGACCUGAAGAAAACUACUAUAAGCACACAGAGCUAUAAUGUUGUUUUUUAGCUAAAUACCAAUCAUACAUAAUGUGAGCGAGAUAGAAUGUUUACGCUUCUCUUGGUGCAUUAUACUAAUAUAAUAACAUCUGCCAAAAACAAACAACAAUUACAGCUGAGCCUCAUGGAAAUGUCAGUAGUUACAGAGGUUACAAACAAAUUCAAGUACUUUGCCUAAGUUAACAGUUACUGAAACAUCGUAAUGGAAAAUAUGUUUUAAUGCCAAAUGUUGGGAAAAUUAUCAGUAGUUGUUGACAAAUUUUACUAUGAAGCUCACAGUGAAACAAGAAUGACUGUGAUGGCAACAAAUAUCUGCCAGCUUCUUCCAGCUGCUCAGACUUUUCAGUCUGAAAUUCUGGACUAACUGAACAGCCGUUUUUAAAGUCAUUCAAUUACAGCAGCCUAAUAAACCAUAGACUCAAUAUAAAAGACUGACACUAUGUUGGCACCCAUUGGUUUUGGAGAGAGCCUCAGUGUUGGUGUUGUUAGCGCAAUUUGGUGGGGCAGAAUUUACCAUAUGAGCACAAAUGGGUGUAUGUUAUUAGCUAGCGCUAGCAAACUUGGCUAGCAAGCUGCAUCCACAGAUUCUAUUGGCGCAUUCACACCAAAUGUGAAGCAACAUUAUUUCAAAAUGCAAACUCUGUGUAACAAGAUUUUUUGAUGUGAGAUUGUGUGCAAGUGAAAAUAUUUCAGCUACAGCAAAAAGUUUGCUUAACACUGUGUUGCAACAAUCCAUCAGUUGGGAUCCAUCAGAGUCAUGAAGAGUCUUCUGAUGUUAUUGAUAAUAAGAAAAGCAGGUAGAACUAUAAGGUUCAAUUUCUCUUUCAGAUGGACAAAAAAACGAAACAAAAAACAAAUA